CCCUCCCGCGCGGCGCCAACAUGGCGGCUGUUGGCAGCGGCCGGUGAGGCGGUACCGGGCGGGGGCUGUGGGGUGUCAUGGGCGGCGGCGGCGGCACCGCCCCCAGGUCUCCCUGAGCGGGACGGCGGGCGGGGGGCCCUCUGCGCCGCCGAGCCGGGCGAUGGACGAGAGCGGCGAGCUGGGCGGUCUGGAGACCAUGGAGACGCUCACGGAGCUGGGCGACGAGCUGACCCUGGGGGACAUCGACGAGAUGCUGCAGUUCGUCAGCAAUCAAGUGGGAGAGUUCUCGGACUUGUUUUCAGAUCCGCUGUGCAGCUCCUUCCCGGGCGCCGGGACUGCUGGGAGCGGCGGUGGCGGUGGUGGUGGUGGCGGCGGCAGCGGCAACAGCAGUGGGAGCCGGAGCGGAGCCACAGCCGAGCAGUCCAUGCCCCGCCCCUUUAACCAGGUCCCCUUAACCUCCUUCUCCCCCUCCACAGCGCCCCCCCAGGCUCCAGCCCUGCAGGUCAAAGUGUCCCCUCCCACCGUCCCCACCCCGCCCAGGGCCACUCCCGUGCUCCAGCCGCGCCCCCAGCCCCAGCCCCAGCCCCCCACCCAGCUGCAGCAGCAGACCGUGAUGAUCACCCCAACCUUCAGCACCGCACCCCAGACGAGGAUCAUCCAGCAGCCUCUGAUAUACCAGAACGCGGCGACCAGCUUCCAAGUCCUUCAGCCGCAGGUUCAGAGCCUGGUGACCCCCUCGCAGGUGCAGCCCGUCACCAUCCAGCAGACGGUGCAGGCGCAGCGGGUGCUGACGCAGACGGCCAGUGGCACGCUGCAGACCCUCGCCCCAGCGGCCGUGCAGGCGGUGGCCGCGCCCCAAGUGCAGCAGGUACCGGUCCUGGUACAGCCUCAGAUCAUCAAGACAGACUCCCUGGUUUUGACCACACUGAAGACAGAUGGCAGCCCGGUCAUGGCCGCCGUCCAGAACCCGGCCCUCACCGCCCUGGCCGCCCCCAUCCAGACGACCGCCCUGCAAGUCCCGACCCUGGUUGGCAGCAACGGGACCAUUCUUACCACAAUGCCGGUGAUGAUGGGGCAAGAGAAGGUGCCCAUUAAGCAGGUCCCCGGCGGAGUCAAGCAGCUAGAGCCCCCCAAAGAGGGGGAAAGGCGGACAACACAUAACAUCAUCGAGAAGCGGUAUCGCUCCUCCAUCAAUGACAAAAUCAUCGAGUUAAAGGACCUGGUCAUGGGGACAGACGCCAAAAUGCACAAGUCAGGUGUCCUGCGCAAGGCCAUCGACUACAUCAAGUACCUGCAGCAGGUCAACCACAAACUGCGCCAGGAGAACAUGGUCCUGAAGCUGGCCAACCAGAAGAACAAGCUCCUCAAGGGCAUUGACCUCGGCAGCCUGGUGGACAGUGAAGUGGACCUGAAGAUUGAUGACUUUAACCAGAACGUCCUCCUCAUGUCCCCACCGGCAUCUGAUUCAGGCUCCCAGGCUGGCUUCUCGCCCUACUCCAUCGACUCUGAGCCUGGCAGCCCGCUGCUGGACGAUGCAAAGGUCAAAGAUGAGCCGGACUCUCCCCCUGUGGCCCUGGGCAUGGUGGACCGCUCGAGAAUCUUGCUGUGCUUCCUCACCUUCCUGUGCCUGUCCUUCAACCCCCUGACGGUCCUGCUGCGCUGGGGCGGGGCCAGCGACUCAGAGCAGCACCCCUACUCGGGCUCCGGACGCAGCAUCCUGUCGCUGGAGGCAGGUUCCGGGGGCUGGUUCGACUGGAUGUUGCCGACGCUGCUCCUGUGGCUGGUGAAUGGGGUGAUCGUCCUGAGCGUCUUUGUGAAGCUGCUGGUUCACGGGGAGCCCGUGAUCCGGCCACACUCGCGCUCCUCCGUCGCCUUCUGGAGGCACCGGAAGCAGGCGGACCUGGACCUCGCCAGGGGGGACUUCGCGGCAGCCGCUGCCAACCUGCAGACGUGCCUGUCGGUGCUGGGCCGUGCCCUGCCUGCGUCCCGCCUGGACCUGGCCUGCAGCCUCUCCUGGAACGUGAUCCGCUACAGCCUGCAGAAGCUGCGGCUGGUGCGCUGGCUGCUCAAGAAGGUGGUCCAGCGCUGGCGGGCCACGCCGGCCACGGCCGCCGGCUUUGAGGACGAAGCCAAGACCAGCGCCCGCGACGCCGCCCUGGCCUACCACAGGCUGCACCAGCUGCACAUCACAGGAAAGCUUCCGGCCGGCUCGGCCUGUUCCGACGUGCACAUGGCCCUGUGCGCCGUGAACCUGGCCGAGUGCGCCGAGGAGAAGAUCCCCCCCAGCACGCUGGUCGAGAUCCACCUGGCCGCCGCCAUGGGCCUGCAGACGCGCUGCGGCGGCAAGCUGGGCUUCCUGGCGAGCUACUUCCUGAGCCGCGCCCAGAGCCUGUGCGGGCCAGAGCGCAGCGCCGUGCCCGACUCCCUGCGCUGGCUCUGCCACCCCCUGGGCCAGAAGUUCUUCACGGAGCGCAGCUGGUCGGCCAAGGCGGCCGCCAAGGAGAGCCUGUACUGCACCCAGAGGAACCCAGCCGAUCCCAUCGCCCAGGUGCACCAGGCCUUUUGCAGGAACCUUCUCGAGCAAGCUGUGGAGUCUCUGGUGAAGCCUCAGGCCAAGAAGAAGGCCGGAGACCAGGAGGAAGAGAGCUGCGAGUUCUCCAGUGCUCUGGAGUACCUGAAGCUGCUUCAUUCUGUCGUGGACUCCGUGGAGGCUGUGAGCGCCCCCUUCUCCAGCAGCUCCGUGCUCAAGUCUGCCCUGGGCCCAGACCUCGUCUGCCGGUGGUGGGUGUCUGCCAUCACCAUGGCCAUCCGCUGGCUCCAGGGAGACGACGCGGCCGUGCGCACCCAUUUCACGGAAGUGGAGCGCGUCCCCAAGGCCCUGGAAGUGGCUGAGAGCGCCCUGGUGAGGGCCGUGCUGCACACGUGCAGAGCCAUGCACGCCUCCCUGCCCGGGAAGGCCGACGGGCAGCUCAGCGCCCUGGGCCACUGCGAGCGGGCCAGCGGCCACCUGUGGAGCAGCCUCAACGUCACCGGCACGUCCUGCGACCCCACUCUCAAUCACGUGGUCCAGCUGCUGACCUGUGACCUGCUGCUGUCCCUGCGGACAGCGCUCUGGCAGAAGCAGGCGGGAGCCAGCCAGGCCCUGGGCGACACCCACCACGCGUCGGGCACCCAGCUGGCCGGCUUCCAGCGGGACCUGGGCAGCCUGCGCCGGCUGGCACACAACUUCCGUCCAGCCUACCGAAAGGUGUUCCUGCACGAGGCCACGGUGCGUCUGAUGGCGGGCGCCAGCCCCACACGUACCCACCAGCUGCUGGAACACAGCCUGCGGCGGCGCACGGCCCCGAGCACCAAGCACGGCGAGGCGGACGCCUGGCCCGGCCAGCGCGAGCGGGCCACCGCCAUCCUGCUGGCCUGCCGCCACCUGCCCCUGUCCUUCCUCUCGUCCCCGGGCCAGCGCGCCGUGCUGCUGGCCGAGGCCGCCCGCACCCUGGAGAAGGUGGGCGACCGGCGCUCCGGAGACUGCCAGCAGCUGAUCGUCAGGCUGGGCGGUGGCACAGCCAUCGCCGCCUCCUGACCCCCGGGCCGCCCCGCCUGCUCCGUCUCCCUCC